GACGGGGCCGGCCCGGCUGCCCAGAUGGCGCUCCGGACGCCGGUGCUUCGCCCUCGCCGCCGUCCGCAGCGCCCGCCUCCCCGCGGCCGCUCCGCGUGAGAGGAGCCCCGGCGCGCCCGGCUGGGACGAGGCCAGCCGCAUCCCUGCAAUGCUGUCUGCGCCCCGCUCCCGCCGCGGCGCCGAGUGAAGGCAGGCAGGCAGGCGCGCCAUGCCCGAGAGCGGCCCGGCCCCGGCGGAGGGCGAACGGCACAGGCGCGGCGCGGCGGAUGGCGAGGCGGCGGCGGGGCCGCCUGCUGCCGGCGUGCUGGACAAGCUAUUCGGCAAGCGGCUGCUGCAGGCCGGACGUUACAUCAUGUCGCACAAGUCCUGGAUGAAAACUGUGCCCACAGAGAACUGCGAUGUGCUCAUGACUCUGGCAGACACGACGGACGACCACACGCUCCUGUGGCUGCUGAACCACAUGCGGCUGGGAAUCCCGGAGCUCAUUAUCCAGAUCCGACACCACAAGCACACGCGGGUCUACGCCCUCUUCGUCACAGCCACCUACGAGAGUUUGCUACGAGGGGCAGAUGAGAUCGGACUGCGGAAGCCAGUGAAGGCUGAAUUUGGGGGAGGGAGCCGCAGCUUCUCUUGUGAGGAGGAUUACAUCUAUGAGAACAUAGAGAGCGAGCUGCACUUUUUCACUUCUCAGGAACGUCAGAAUGUCAUCAGGUAUUGGUUGGAGAACCUGCGAGCCAAACAAGGCGAGAUGCUGCAUAACAUCCACUUUCUGGAGGGGCAGCCAAUCAUCCCAGAAUUAGCUGCACGGGGCAUCCUCCAGCAGGUCUUCCCCCUCCAUGAGCCACGGAUCCUCAACCGACUGAUGAAAUCCUGGGUACAAGCCAUCUGCGAACCACAGCCUCUGGAUGAAAUCUGUGACUACUUUGGUGUCAAGAUUGCCAUGUAUUUUGCGUGGCUGGGCUUCUACACGUCAGCCAUGGUGUACCCUGCCGUCUUUGGCUCCCUUCUGUACAUCUUCACGGAGAAUGACCAGACCAGCCGGGACAUCUGCUGCGUGGUCUUCGCCAUCUUCAAUGUCAUCUGGGCCACACUGUUCCUGGAAGAGUGGAAGCGUCGGGGGGCCGAGUUUGCCUACAAAUGGGGGACCUUGGACACGCCUGCGGAGUCCAUCGAGGAGCCACGGCCACAGUUCCGGGGCGUGAAGCGCAUCAGCCCGGUGACCAACGCGGAAGAGUUCUAUUACCCUCCGUGGAAGCGGCUGCUGUUCCAGUGCCUGGUCAGCCUGCCCGUCUGCCUCUUUUGCCUCUCCUUUGUCUUCCUUGCCAUGCUGGGUUGCUUUGAGCUGCAGGAGUUUGUGCUGAGCAUCAAGGAGCUGCCCCGCAUUGUGCGUUUCUUGCCGAAGAUCAUGCUUGCAGUCAUUGUCACGGCCUGCGAUGAAGUUUACAAGAAAAUUGCCUACUGGCUCAAUGACAUGGAAAAUUACCGCUUGCAGAGUGCCUAUGAAAAACACCUCAUCAUUAAAAUGAUCUUGUUUCAGUUCGUAAAUUCAUACCUAAGUCUUUUUUACAUCGGAUUCUACCUCAAGGACAUGGAGCGCCUCAAGGAGCUCCUGCUCAUCUUUUCUCUCUUCCAGAGUUUGGUGCGUCAGUUCAAAGACGCCCUGCUCCCUUCUGUCAUCCUGCAGCUCCAUCUCUCCCUCAUCUCCUUAAAGAGUCUGCUGAGUUUUUGCUGGCAGUUGGGCGUCUCCAAAAUGUUGGCCACGCUGCUCAUCACCCGUCAGUUCCUGCAGAACGUCAAGGAGGUCUCUCAGCCCCACCUCUACAGCAAGUUCAAGCGGGGAGACUUCAGUGUACAAAACCUCCGGGAGGUCACGCACACUCUCUUCCGGCUGCUCACCCAGAAGUAUACCUUGGCCAAACCUCAGGGCGCCAAACCUCACCCCCGGCAAGGACACCCGCAGGCAGGACAUGGGCCAGAGCCCCCAGAGGAGGCACCCAAGGGGGAAAAGAAAUGCCUGAAUGGUGGGUGUGGGGUCCCUGAAGAAGAGGAAGAGGAGGAGAAGAAGGAGUCCGACUCAGAAGACGAGAGCAUCAUUGACUGUGGGCUGAAGCUCAAGAAGGUGAGUUUUAUUGAGAAGGCCGAACGGAAGUCCGGGGACCUCCGGGGCCUAGAGGAAGUCAGCUUCUUGGAAGAAGGUAGCCCCACCAUGGUGGAAAAAGGGAUGGAUCCAGCCUCCAUGUUUGAGCUGUGUGAAGAUGACGAGGAGAGUGAUGGGGCCUCGGGCAGCCCCCUCAAGGACCCGCCAGAGGCCAAAGAGCCUGUGGUCAUCAUGCGAGCGCGGAGGCCACGAGGUGCCAAGAAUCUGGUUGGAGGCGAAGAGGAGGAAGACUAUGAGGAGGACCGGAAGCCAACAAGGACCUCUUGGAUUGACCCUCCAGAGGAGAAGUACACCACACAGCUUGCCCAGGCUGAGGUGGAGAGCUGCAUGAAGAAAUACGAGGACACCUUCCAGGACUACCAGGAGAUGUUCAUCCAGUUUGGCUACGUGGUUCUCUUUUCAUCGGCCUUCCCAUUGGCUGCCAUGUGCGCCUUAAUCAACAAUGUCAUUGAGAUCCGCAGUGAUGCCUUCAAGCUGUGCACAGGACUCCAGCGCCCUUUUGGGCAGCGCGUGGAAAGCAUCGGAGAGUGGCAGAAAGUAAUGGAGGCGAUGGGAGUCCUGGCGAUUGUGGUGAACUUCUACCUGAUUGGUCAGUGCGGGCAGCUGCAGCGCCUCUUCCCGUGGCUCAGCCCUGAGGGGGCCAUCAUCUCCGUAGUGGUGUUGGAGCACUUUGCGCUCCUGCUCAAAUAUGUAAUCCAAGUGGCGAUUCCAGACAUCCCCUCCUGGGUAGCAGAGGAAAUGGCAAAACUUGAAUAUCAGCGACGAGAGGCCUUCAAGAAACACGAGCGGCAAGCCCAGCACCACUUCCAGCAGCAGCAGCGCCGCAAGCGGGAAGAAGAAGAGCGACAGCGGCAUGCCGAGUACCAUGCCAGGAAAGAACGGGAGAGCAGCCGGGAGGAAGGCAAAGUUGACGGGGGGGCAGUUGACCCAGCCCAUGAGAAGAGCCUUCCCAAGGGAAAGGGUCCGAGUGGGUCAGGCCACGGGUCUGAGAAACCGAAGCGACCCAGUUCCCUCCUCGCUACCAACAAUGUGAUGAAGCUGAAGCAGAUCAUCCCACUGCAGGGCAAGUUUCUAUCGGGCGGUGCUGGGGCAGCAGGCACUGGGACAGCCCGCUCUCCACAGUCCCCCACUGGCACAGAUAACAAACUGCCUGGGUUUCUCAGUUUCAAGUUCCUGAAGUCUCCAGAGACCAAACGAGAGACAAAUACGGAGAAGGCGCAGUCCCCCACCAAACCUUUCAACCCAAGUAAACUGUUCAACUUCAGCAAGUCUGAGGGGGGCAACGGGGCCCCUCUGCUGCUACAAGCACCAAGGCCCAGCCACUCGGCAGAUCCAAGCGAGAGGCCCCUGGCGGGCAGAUCACACCUCAAUGGGAUGAUGGCUGAGGAGAUGUCGGCCGAGGAAUCCGAAAUCCGAAUGAUGGUGGAGGAGGAGGGCCCGAGCCAUAAACUCUAACCCACAGGGGCUCAGCUGUUCCACAAACCCAACAAGAAGAAGUGAUUGUGAAACGAAGGAAUAGCUUUGUCCUCCAUUCAUAGACGAUUCUCCCAAGCCAUGAUUCCUUUGGAUUUAGCAUGCUGUUGCCACAAGAGUAUUUUUUCCAAGGUGGUGGGGGGGGGGCUGUGCUUUGGUCUUCUUUACAGGCAGCCGUUGUUCAAGAGUUAACAGUCCCAGAAGCUUCCGAAGAAAAAGCAUCCCGAGGUGUUUCAUCUGAGCUGCUCAGCCGUUCUCGAGAUCGGGCAGAGGCAGUGCCCCUCCUGGGCCAAAAUCCUAAGGCAGAGACCAGUGUGCAUUUUGCUUAUCCCGCUCUUCCACAUCCGACAUUCCUUUGUGUCGCAUCCAAGCCAUUUCAUGACAGCAAUAAAGCAGCUUUGGCAGCUGGCUGCAGGCCUCCACUCCAGAUGUGCUCCCUGGUGUUCCAUCCUGACAGGAACAGCAGCGAUGAGGAGGUGCAGAAAAACAAAGCAACGUUGAACUCAUGCUGGUAUCGAGGCAGCAUUUCCAUCUCUGCCAGGCCGGAAGAGAAUCCAAGUCUGACAUGUGAUCAAUAACGGGACAGUUCACUCAAGCGGAUGUAGAUACCCGAGGUGUCUCGCCCUCUCCCCAGUCUUUUGUAGUGCAGACAGCGUAACACCGACUAAGGCAGGCAGGAGCCCUGCUGCGAUUCUUUGAUCUUCCCCCCCAUGCCCAGAGGAUGAAACACUGUGAUUCUUGAUGUAGGAAUGCCCCCCCCCAUCCAUCCCAUACUACCAUCCACAAGGGUUGCUGCUUCAUCAUCUUGCAAGCGUGGGAGAUAGUAAGCCGGUGCCCUGCUCGCCAAAGUUCCAAAGUCUGGCACAGAGAAGCCAAGAAGGGGCAGCAGCCAAACACAAGAAGAAUCCUCAGCCGGGGAGGCCCUUCCAGGAUCACGCCCGUUCUCCAUCCCCACAGCAAAACACAACCAACGUCUUACUUCUCUGAGCAAUUAUCACUGGACAAAAGAAGAAAUUCCUUUUGAGGGGAGGGUGAGGGAGGAGAGGGAAAAGGGAGGGAGUAGGGAAUAUUAUUUUUUUAAACUUAUUUAUUUGCUGCAUUUAUUUAUUUUGCCUUGAAUAAGGAAACAAAAGGGGGAAACAGUGGGAGGAUCCUUUCUUUUUUAAGUUAUUUUUGUCAUAUUUUUGUAAAACU